UUGACAGCACAUUGACAGCAAGCUUAUGACAGUCGUGCCGAUUCUAAAACAUUGAAAAAUCUGGAAAAAUAACCUUAUAUCAACAUAAAAUUGUUAUUUUAAAUGAAAGCUGCUCUAAGUUUUACGUAAAAUUAGUAGUAAAAGUGAAGAUGCACGCAGCAAAUGCGUUAGUGAGAAAUACGGUACUAUUCAACCCGAGUUUACGAACAUCUUCGCAAGUGGCUCGAAAUGUAUCGAAAAUUGCAUCACAUUUGCACCGAAAGCCUGUGGGGAGUCGGAUAUUGAAUAGCUUUAAUAGAUACAGUACGCAAAAUACCAGAGUAUGCGCGUACGAUGGAGGUUUUACACUUAUCAAUCAGAUUUAUCCCAGGAGACAGUACUCCAGUAGUAAUAAGAAUGAACCAGAAGAAGAGGAACCUGCAACAGAUGCAAAGGACGAGACACCACUGUUCUCAAGCCAGCUGCCUGCCACAGUGGCUGUGCCAGAAGUGUGGCCACAAGUACCUGUGAUUGCAAUCAACAGGAACCCUGUGUUUCCUAGAUUUAUAAAAUUAAUAGAGAUCUCAAACCCAGCAUUAAUAGAUCUAAUCCGACGAAAAGUCAAACUGAACCAGCCAUAUGUAGGCAUCUUCCUCCGUAAGAAGGAAGAUGAGAAAUCUGAUGUCGUAUCGAGUUUGGAUGACUUGCAUGACGUAGGAGUAUUUGCUCAGAUACAUGAGAUGCAGGAUAUGGACUACAAGUUGAGAUUAGUUGUGAUGGCGCAUCGGAGGAUCAAGAUCACUGGCCAGUUUGUUGAGGAUGAGAUUGAGACUGGGCCGGCAGAAAUGAAGCUCAAGUUUCCCGUAUUUAACGUGGAAUUUAACGUUACGCGCGAAGAUACCGACGCGGAGCGACGGAGACGGAAAUACCGCAACACGAGACGGAAGACCAACGACGCCGAGGAGGCCACAGGAGAGAAAGAGACGAAGAAACCCGCGCCCGAGCAAGUGAUGAUGGUGAAGGUGGAGAACAUGCAGCAUGAGAAGUUCCAGCAGAACGAGGAGGUGAAGGCGUUGACGCAAGAGGUCAUCAAGACCAUACGCGACAUUAUCAACAUGAACCCCCUUUACAGGGAAUCUCUCCACCAUAUGUUAGCUCAAGGUCAAAGGGUUGUGGACAACCCGGUAUACCUCAGUGACUUGGGCGCGGCGUUAACCGGUGCGGAACCCGCUGAAUUACAAGCGGUACUUGAGGAAAUGGAUAUACCAAAACGUCUCAUGAUGUCACUGUCAUUGCUGAAGAAAGAGUAUGAGCUGUCCAAACUACAGCAGAAGAUUGGCAAAGAAGUUGAGGAGAAAGUCAAGCAACAGCACCGGAAAUACAUACUGCACGAACAGCUCAAGGUGAUAAAGAAAGAGCUAGGUCUAGAAAAGGACGACAAAGACGCGAUCGGCGACAAGUUCCGGGAACGCCUCGCGGACAAACAGGUGCCGGCCGCCGUGCAAACCGUUAUCGACGAAGAACUCAACAAGUUAAACUUUCUGGAGAGCCACAGUUCAGAGUUCAACGUAACCCGUUGCUAUCUCGACUGGCUAACCUCACUCCCCUGGGGGGUCACCUCAGAAGAGAACCUCAAACUAGAAGAAGCACAAGUGAUCCUGGACGAGGAUCAUUACGGAAUGGAGGAUAUAAAGAAAAGGAUCCUGGAGUUCAUAGCGGUCUCUCAGCUUAAGGGCAGCACCCAGGGCAAGAUCCUGUGCUUCCAUGGACCACCGGGGGUUGGCAAGACCAGUAUAGCCCGCUCAAUAGCCCGAGCGUUGAACCGACAGUACUUCAGGUUCUCAGUGGGUGGAAUGACAGACGUGGCGGAGAUCAAGGGCCACCGCCGCACGUACGUCGGCGCCAUGCCGGGCAAGCUGGUGCAGUGCCUCAAGAAGACGGGCACCGAGAACCCGCUGGUGCUCAUUGAUGAGGUCGACAAGAUUGGCAAGGGCGUGCACGGAGACCCUUCAUCAGCUCUGCUGGAGCUUCUGGACCCGGAGCAGAACGCCAACUUUCUGGACCACUACCUGGACGUGGCCGUGGAUUUAUCCCGUGUGUUAUUCAUCUGCACCGCCAACGUGGUGGACCUCAUCCCAGAGCCACUCCGGGACAGGAUGGAGCUUAUUGACAUGUCAGGUUACGUAGCGGAAGAGAAACUAGCGAUCGCCCAGCAGUACCUAGUGCCGACCGCGCGGAAGAACUGCGGACUCAGCGAGGAGCAAAUGGACCUGACCCCGGAAAGUUUACACACGUUAAUAAAGUCCUACUGCAGGGAAAGUGGCGUUAGAAACCUGCAGAAACACAUUGAGAAGGUCGCGCGCAAAGUGGCGUAUAAAAUAGUGAAGCAAGAGGCCGACAAGAUGGUGAUAAACGAUAGCAAUUUAGAGCAACUAGUUGGCAAGCCGACGUUCAAGCAUGACCGCAUGUACGACAUCACGCCGCCCGGAGUGGUGAUGGGACUGGCCUGGACUGCGAUGGGUGGCAGCACACUAUACAUCGAAACAGCAAUCCGGAAUCACAUAAAGGACGAGAAGCCAACAGUGGGCACUAUGGAGUUAACGGGCCAUCUUGGUGACGUCAUGAAAGAGUCAGCACGCAUCGCCUUGACGGUCGCCAGGAACUACCUCGCAGAGAAUUAUCCUGAUAAUAGCUUCUUAAAUACUAGUCAUAUCCACCUCCACGUGCCCGAAGGCGCCACGCCCAAGGACGGUCCGUCAGCGGGUAUCACCGUCACUAGUGCCCUUCUGUCCCUGGCCCUGCGUCGCCCGGUGCGGUCGCAGCUGGCCAUGACCGGGGAGGUGUCGCUGACCGGGCGAGUGUUGCCAGUCGGCGGGAUCAAGGAGAAGAUCAUUGCGGCCAAACGCGUGGGAGUGACGUGUGUUAUCCUCCCAGAAGAGAACAGAAGAGACUUCGACGACCUGCCCUCCUUCAUCCGCGAAGGCAUCGACGUCCACUUCGUCAGCGAGUACCACGACGUGUUCAAGAUCGCCUUCGCGCCCGAACAGAUGGGAGAGUUGGCUGGCGAGAAGAGCGCGGCCUACGUCUAGCGACAAGGACUACAAGACAAGUUUACUUUCAACUAAUUUUAUUUUAAUAAAUAUCAUAAUAGCACAA